AUGACAAAGCAGCUCCUAUAUGUGCAGCAAUGGUCAGGCCAGAGGGACAAUUCACCCCAGGGCCUCCGCAUCCUGAUUGAUGGCAGCACCUGGCGGUCUGAAUCGCUCAGCUUCAGCCCGCCCGGCAGGUCCAGAACCCCAACCUCCCUCUUCCCUGAUGAGGAUGAGCCGUACUCGGGUCUGGAGCAGCUGCUUCGCCGGUUCCGACGCACGAGACGCGCCGAUGGAGAGGAUGAUGGGUUCUGGCCCUACGAGCUGCUCCGCCGCGUGCUGAAUCGGGAACGUGUCCAGGCGUGUUUGGAGCGGUGUGCCGCCAUCGAUCCAGGUUCUGCGUCGGGCCUCUGCGAGGCCAUCAUAGGCGACCAGUCCGCCUCGGACGUUGGGCGGUGGCUGAAGCAUGAUGCAGCAGACAACACGCUCAGGGGAGGUGAUGUUUCCGUCUUCAAAAACACCACCACCGUAGCCCCAAAAAGCUACCUGCGCAUCUUUGCACUGCUUGUCCUCCAGGAGAAGCCGGGCUUGAUCCGGGCUUUUGUCGAUCACGGUGUCUGCGACGACAGUCUUCCUCUGGAUAUCGUAAAUAACAACGGCAGCGUGUCGUUAAUGCGGCUCGGCCGGCCUCCCCAUGUCUCGUCCAGCGACUGGUUCAGGCCCCACGAGCUCGAGCACCUCAAAAGCUUCCAGUGGAAGUUGAUCACCCCGUGCUUCUCGUUCCGCAAGACUAGGGAGACGGUGCCGCACUACGACUUACCCGAGGAGGCGGUUCUGCCGUGGAGGGACGACGGGAAUUACGAGGGGAAGCAGGGUACUAUUCUGGGCAGAGACCAAGGAGGUAGCGGCGUUGUCAGGAGAGUCAAGAUUGAGGUGGACUCGCUUGAUAUUGAUGGCUUGGACACUAUUAUAGCCUCGGAUCCCAGGCCUGACGCCAGGCUCUUUGCCGUAAAGUCCCUGCGCAAAAAGAACGCAGCAGCAGAGUUCAGUAGGGAGCUCGAGAUGCUCAAGCGCUUCGGCGGCAUCCAACACCCGCACCUCGUAACACUCCUGGCCACAUUUACACACCAAAGCCGCCACCACUUCAUCUUCCCUUGCGCAGACCUCGACCUGGACGACUACUGGAACCAAAAACCCCCCGAGCGGCUCGGCAGCCCGACCUAUCCUGCUUUUAUCCGAUGGGUAUCCGCACAGCUGCGAGGCCUGGCCGAAGCUGUAUACGUCAUCCACGAGCCGACCGGCCGACGUCGGGAACUCCUGGAGGUCUCGGGGCCGGACGGCAAGAUGUACGGGCGGCACGGGGACCUCAAGCCACAAAACAUAUUGUGGUUCCGUGGGGACACGGAAUGGGCCGCUGCGGGUGAGGAGGAUCCGGCGCGCGGGAUCCUGGUCAUCACGGACCUGGGGGCUUCGGCCGUCCACAGCGAGGUCAGCCGGUCCAACGUGCCCAACCAGGGCUUGCCGCAGACGCCGACGUACCGGCCGCCCGAGUGCGACAUGGCGGAAGGGAGGAUCACACGUGCCUUUGACGUAUGGACGCUCGGCUGUGUCUUUUUGGAGAUGGCGAGCUGGCUACUCGAGGGGACGAGGGGCCGGGCCGGUUUCGUCACGUCCAGAACCUCGCGGUUCCUGGACUAUGGUGGUAUGGACUUGUUCUAUAACAUUCAGAGACGUGGUGAGGGGGAAGCUUGCGAGUUCACCGUCAAGGAGAGUGUCUUUGAGUACAUUGAAAAGCUGCACAGAAACCAGAGUUGUACCUGGUACAUCCACGAGUUGCUGGAUCUCAUUCAUGGCCAAAUGCUCUGUGUCAUUCACCAGGAAAGAAUUCGGUCAUCUGGUCUUGACUUGCGGAUCAAAACAAUGCACAGGAGAGUACUUGAGGAGCCUGCCUAUGCGCAGGAGCCUUCUCUGUGGCAGCAAACUAUAAUCGAACGACCGCAACCUGUCAUUUCCCAUUUGACAUGUUACCAUCAGAAUAACAAGUCUGCUAUUGAGGAUCAGCGGCGAAGAUUGAUGGGUCCAGAUACUACAGUGGACGGUAGCCCUGAUGAGAUGGAAUCCUAA